CCCCUUUUCCCCUGCCGCGGACGGGCGAAACCACCCGGUUUCCCUCUGUUUUUCCGACGCCCCCGUCGCUCCACGCCGCCCCGGCACCGCCGCCUCCACCCGUUCGCCCCGGUAACGCCCCGUUUAUCCGUGCCCCCACCCUCUCUCACCUCUCGCUCGCCUGCCUCCUCGUCGCCCCUGUCUCCUCUCGCCGCAGCGAGCCUGGAUGGUGGGCGACCUGUCCCUCCUCGCCGUCGCCUCCGCCUCCCCCGUCGUCUUCCCGCCAUCCAAGGAGCUCCAUGGCGUGCUGCCGUUCCAGGGGAAGAGGCCGCAGGACGCCGCCUCCGCGAGGCAACUCUGCGCGCCGUUGCAGCAUCAGCAACAGCAUCUCGAGGGGCUGCCUUUCCAGGGGCUGCCCGUGCAGAUUAUGGUGACCGGCCAUCAGGGCCGGCCCCUUCCGGCUGCCUACCAGGCCUUCGCAGUGCCCGACAAGGCGACACUAGUAGACGUGCAAGAUUCUCACCCUGACUCAGUUCGACUUAGCCUUGGGAUUGCUGAGCAAUGUGCAAGGCAAGAGAAAAUCCUGAAGUUUCUAGUGUCAGGGUCUGAUGUGAAAGAACUUGAUGAAUCUUUGCUAGCUGAAUUCACAGGACAUCAGACUCUGGCAAUGAACAUGGGAAGUCAACCAUAUGUACCGGAUGAUAAGUUAUCUAUCUAUGAAUUUGGGUUGGAUAUGGAUGAGCCCCAACAGUAUCUGCCGGAGAAACAACUUGUCAUCCCUGAUCCUCUUGUUGACUUUGUUCAGUCCCAUGGUUCGGCUCUUACUUUCGAUCAAAAUGGCUGGGUCCUAUUCACUGGCAAUGGCGAUGAGAUGAGAGACUUACUCUCAGUUUUCCUAGAGUUCAACAUGUCUAAACGAGAACCAACUGGCUGCAAGGCUGCAUUUCUAGUUCCAUACUUUGGCAGGAAAAGGCGUGCCCGGGUUAACAGCCAAGUAUCCCAUUCAAAAUUACUAACCACAGCUGAUGCUUCAAAAAGCACUGAUGUGAAGUCAAAAUCUUCAUCAAAGAAGAAACAGAAAGGGAAAAACAUCAAAGAACGUGACUUGUAUCAGAAGAACUAUAUACACGCUAGCGAAGCAUUUUUAUCCAUCCUACUGGACAAGGACAAAAACAGCUCAACAAUUCUCUCACUGAAAAAGUCUGGUCCGGAGAUCACUGAACUUUUGGCACAAUGCUCUAUUGGUAUUGCUGGAACUGGCUUGGCUAUUCUUCUAUCAGUUGUGUGCAAGAUGGCUACCGGCAUGAGGACACCUUUUGCUUCAGCUGGACUGCUGAGCACCAGUGUUGGAUUUGGGCUCUUUUGGCUCUCCUGGGCAGUCAACAGAUUGCGAGACACCAUCGCCAGCAUUUUCAGAAGCCCAAGUAACAUGAACUUUGAGGAUGAGGUAGCAGUGAGAAUACAAAAAAGCACGAACGAAGUUCUCUUCACAGCUGUAACUCUCUUGGCUAUCACUGCAUUGAAGUUUGCAUGAGCUGUCACCGUGCUAUUUUUAGUUUUCCCGACCCAUCUGUGAUAUAUAAUUCACCUUUUUGGUUCAGGAGAGAGUAUUGCUGCAGUACUGCUUCUGUAGGACUUAGUUCAAAAUGCCGGAAUCAUGAUUCUCAUUUCUCAUUGAUGUUGUAGAAAAUGAGCUAAGUUGUAAAUUGUACAGAAUUUUGCGGGGAGCUCAGUGUAUAUUGAAGAUGGAUUUUGCUUAUCUAUGUGAACGUUGAAUAAUGUGAUUGUCCAGAUCAUAUUUAUAUUUCUGUCAGAG